AUGUUCUCCGGCGGCGGCCGCAAGCACACUCAAGCGGCGGCUGCGGCGAAGGGCGACGGCGGCGGCGGCGGCGGUGGCCGGCGCACGGACACCGAGUCGGAGGUGAUGUUCAUCUUCAUGUGCAUCCUGUACGACGUGUACCAGCUGAUGGGGCUGCUGGCGCGCGGGUUGCGCCAGAGCCUGCUGGAGCUGCUGGCGUACGCCGCCUGGGACGCCGUCCACCUCACGCAGCUCGUCUCGCUCACCGCCGCCUGCCACCUCGCCGCCGCCCACGCCGACGCCGCCUCGCGACAGGUGACGCGGCUUGUGCUGGCGCAGCCCUCCUUGCCCUCCAGCAGUUGCACAUCCAUGUCAGAGGAGCUGCACUCGUUCUCACUGCAACUGCUGCAUUCGCGCCUGGAAUUCAGUGCGUGCGGCCUCUUCGCCUUCGACCUGCGCAUGCUACCACAGACCGUAAUCAGCAUGAAAAUGGUUGUUCUAACAGCCAAUCAAGUUUCAAUUUCCGAGCGGAGAGUUAUUUUCUACCGUGGCGCUCCAUACAAAGAUGAGAUGUCUAUGUGCGUUUAUACUGAUGAUCUUUCCAAACCCUUGAAUUAA